UUGUAAAGAUGCGUACGUCCCUCAUAAUGGAGUACAGCAACAAAUUGCGUCUCAGCAGUGAUCCUUAUAAACAUGCGGUUUAUGCCUUUGUUCUGGGCAUUGAAUUAGAUGAGUUACAUUACAAAGUGUUGCCUACCAUUGAGGACUAUUUGUGGAUACAGUUGAAAAUGCGUAGCAAGACCAAGCAACUAAAUAUGGAAGAUAUGUUCUCUACUAUAAGUCUUAGGUAUAGUGUGAACUGUUUAACGGCAUGCAAGGUGACACUGACUAAUUUCCAACUGCUCGUCCUUACGGGUCACAUUGAGGCGGCAAUUGAGUUACUAAGCCGGACGGAGAAGAAUGCAGUGCAUGCGGUUCACAUGGCCAUCGCACUUAAUGAGCUCAAAUUGUUGGGAAUGCCCUGUAAUGAACUAGAUCCGUUGCUCAGCAGCCAAGCUGAAGAUGAUUCUCCGGUGUGUCGACUUAAUGUGCUGCGACUUAUCAUCACCUAUGCCAUGAGAUUUGAAAAAACGGAUACCAAUGAGGCGUUUAAUUAUUACUUCAUGUUGCGUCAUUACAAGGCCGCAGAUGGAAGCAAUCUGAUGCUGAAAUGCAUUAGUGAUUUCAUAGUGAAAAACUGUACAGUAGAAGUGUUAAGCUUAAUCUUUGGAAAAACCGACCCAUGUAAUCCAUUUUAUUAUUCCGGCGGCAUCUUAGACAAAUUGCCAGGCGCAGGAUAUCAGAAGAAUGCACUGACCUCUAUGGUUGCCACCGAACUCAUUAAACGCUGUGAAUACGCAUCGGCAAUCGAGAUGUAUUUAAUAAGCUUUCAACUAAAUGAAGCAAUGCGAUUGACUUGCUCUAUUUUGGCUAAGAUGGUGCAUCUGCCAAAACGGAGCGAAGGAUUACGUAAAAUUACGUCCAGAUUAAAUCUGGCAUUAACCAGUCGCAGUUGCUUUUCGGAUGCAGAUGAGUUUGGAUCAUUUAAAAUGCUUACACAGCUGAUGAACUUUUUCGACUCCUUCCAUGCGGGCAACUUUCGUGAGGCAUUGGAAGUUUUGGAUGAGAGUCAGCUGAUUCCGCAGAGUUGUCAACAGAUCAACAUUUGUCUCAGCAGCACAAAAGUUUUGGGUGCUGAUGCCGUUCAAGUGCUGCCCAAUGUCCUGUUGGCUGCCAUGAAAAUUCUCUUCAAGGAGUAUCAAAGAGAAAAGUCGCCCAAUAGUGCGACAAAGUUGCAAUUGCGCGAACGCGGCAAGGCGUUAAUCAACUAUGUGGCAACUCUGCCAUAUCGCAUGCCACAUGACACCAAUAAGCGGCUAGUGAAAAUGGAAUUAGAAAUGCAGAUUUAAAAAA